GAUGUAAAAUGGCGACGGUCGCGUAGUCAAAACCAAAACACAUCAGACGAUCUUAAACGUAUUGUACGACUCCGUGAACCUUCUCACUUUUACGAAGUAAUCCCCGUUUGCAUUGUUGGAUCUCAUCAAGGUUCAAUCAUGACUGAGGAGGCUACUGUUAACCCUGUUUCGGAGGGGAUCGUGGGUCUGGAUGAGCCCAAAAAGAUGACCAGGGAGGACUGGAGGAAGAAGAAGGAGCUGGAGGAGCAGAGGAAGCUGGGAAACGCUCCAGCUGAGGUGGACGAGGAGGGAAAGGACAUAAACCCUCACAUCCCUCAGUAUAUUUCAUCAGUGCCGUGGUAUAUCGAUCCAUCCAAAAGGCCCACACUGAAACAUCAGAGACCACAGGAUGAAAUAGAAGAACAAUAUUCAAACAUUGCAGAGUGGUACAAGAGAGGAGUGCAAGAGAAUGCUGUUACCACUAAAUUUCGUAAGGGCGCCUGUGAAAACUGUGGCGCCAUGACACACAAGAAGAAAGACUGUUUGGAGCGACCCAGAAAAGUCGGGGCAAAGUUCACCGGCACAAGCAUAGCUCCAGAUGAACACUCUCAAUUGUGCCUCAGUUUGGACUAUGAUGGAAAGCGGGAUCGCUGGAACGGGUACGACCCUGAGGAGCACCAGCGCAUUGUGGAGGAAUAUGCUAAAGUUGAUCUGGCCAAAAGGACACUGAAGGCACAGAAGCUACAGGACGAGUUAGCUUCAGGAAAACUGGACCAAGUAAGUCGGGAACAUGACAGCGAGGAUGAGGAUGAAGACAAAUAUGCAGAUGACAUCGACAUGCCCGGUCAGAACUUUGACUCCAAGAGACGAAUCACUGUCAGGAAUCUGCGUAUCAGAGAAGACACUGCCAAAUACCUGAGGAAUCUGGAUCCAAAUUCUGCCUACUAUGAUCCAAAGACUCGAGCUAUGAGAGAGAGCCCAUACGCCAACACUGGCAAGAACUCUGACGAAGUCGGGUACGCUGGAGACAACUUUGCUCGCUAUACUGGGGACACGAUCACCAUGGCCCAAACACAGUUAUUUGCCUGGGAGGCCUAUGAGAGAGGCUCUGAGGUGCAUCUGCAGGCAGACCCAACCAAGCUGGAGCUGCUCCACUGUUCCUUCAAAGUCAAGAAGGAGGACUUCAAAGAGAAACAGAGGGAGAGCAUCCUGGAGAAGUAUGGAGGUCAAGAGCAUUUGGAUGCACCGCCGCGCGAGCUGCUUUUGGCCCAGACGGAGGACUAUGUGGAGUACUCUCGUCAUGGCGCUGUACUGAAGGGUCUUGAGAAGGCCAUAGCUCGCUCCAAGUACGAGGAGGACGUGCUCAUCAACAACCACAUUUGUAUUUGGGGCUCUUACUGGAAGGAUGGCUUCUGGGGAUACAAGUGCUGCCACUCCAUGGUCAAACAGAGUUACUGCACGGGAGAGGCUGGAAUUAGAGUUAACAUCUCAGACUGUGUUCCGUUCGAAGAAGGAUUGGCCGAGCCAGAGGAGGAAGAACAGCCCAAAACACUGCUGGAGAUGCAUCAGGAUAAGAUGAAAGAGAAGAAGAAGAAAAAGAAGAACAAAAAGAACAAGAAGCACAGCUCUGACAGCAGUGAUUCAGAGGACGAAGAGAAGAAGAAAGAGAAGUUAAAGAAGGCUCUAGAAGCAGAGGACAAGAGAGUAAAGCAUGUGGAUGCAAUAAUGCAGCUGGAUGAGAGGAAGAGGCCGUACGCCAGCCUGCAGGAAGUGAAGGCGCCCACUGAGGAGGAGAUGGAAGCCUUCCGCAUGAAACGCUGCCGGGCAGAUGAUCCCAUGGCUUCCUUCCUGGGACAGUGACCUCUUUUCAUUCCUGUUGACUCCCUCAAACCUUUCCCAAGGACUCUUAUCAGAGCAGUCGCUCGGUGAAAACAAAUGUCUCGGACUCUUUCAACUAAACUUUGAUCUUGUAAACUCACAGCAGGAGUCUGUUGUUGUACAGUAUUUUGUCAUUUUGUAAACGUUUGGUUGCCACAAGACUUUAGAUGACAGACCAUUGGAAAAUAGUGAUGUAUGCUUUUCACUUCCAUGGAAGAAAUGUGUAGUAGUUUUCUUUUAUCUUGAUAAACUAUAAACACAUUUGGCCCUCAGUCUUGACAGUGAUUUGAAGAACAUAAUUAUUAGUGGGAUUAAUACAUUUUUGUAAUAAAAAUGUCUAAAAUUA